UAAUGUCGAAGUUAUUGAAGAGGCAGAAGGCGAGCAAGCAUCAAAAAGAAAACGAACUCAUUGUCAGUCUCGUAUUGCUUUUGAUAAGAAUAAAAUUAUCAAGAAUAUACUACCAAUGUCAAAGAAUAAGCAAAAGGCUCUUGAAAAACUUCAUUCAACCGGAUUAACAUGA